AGUUAUAUAAUAUUUUAAGGGACCGAAUUUGGAGGUCCAUGCCCUGUUCACGUCAACCAUCCUGCUCUUCCACACCAAUGAGCUCCCCCUUCUGCUCCGUGGACUUUGCGGAGUCUGACACUCGAUCCUCCCACUGCCGUCCUCCAUUCGCUGCCUGUGUCGUAACGGGUCACCGGUCCUUAUUCAUAGAAAAUAGAUUUGACUGCAAAGAACGAUCCAGAUUCGCACGCCCUGGGGAUACGCAGUCAUAGCAGUGACAUUUGGUUCUUAAUAAGUAGAUUUUUUUUAUAACGCCUCGGUCAAAAGCACCGCCAAGAUGUCGCCGCUCUGCGCCGCUUUGCUGAUGCUGGGAGCCGCUGUUGCGGCGGCGGCCAGCGACGUGCUCGAGCUCGCCGACUCGGACUUCGAUUACGCGCUCGCCGAGCACGAGACGCUGCUCGUGGAGUUCUUCGCGCCGUGGUGUGGCCACUGUCAGAAACUGGCCCCUGAGUAUGAAACCGCUGCAACUCGACUUAAAGGGAUUGUACCCUUGGCAAAGGUUGAUUGCACCACAAACUCUGAGACCUGCAGCCGUUUUGGAGUCAACGGAUACCCAACACUGAAGAUAUUCAGAAGCGGACAUGAGGCUUCUGCUUAUGAUGGACCCCGCAGUGCAGAGGGCAUCGUGAGCUACAUGAAGAAGCAAGCCGGCCCCAGCUCAGUGCCCCUCCACAGUGAAGAGGAGCUGAACUCCUUCAUCAACCAUUUUGACGCCAGCGUGGUCGGAUUCUUCUCUGGGAGCGACAGUCCGCAGCUGACUGACUUCCAGAAAGUAGCGAGUGUUAUGAGAGACAGCUACCGCUUCAGCCACACCACACAGCUGGAUCUGGGCUUCAAACAUGGGGUGGAGACAGAGAGUGUUGUGCUGUUUCGCCCCCCCCGGCUCAGUAGCAAGUUUGAGGACAACCUGGUAAAGUUCAGCGAGUCCAUCUCAACUGCCUCACUCCGGCGGUUCAUCCGGGAUAACAUAUUUGGACUGUGUCCACAUCUGACCAAUGAAAACAAAGAUAGUCUGAAGGGGAGGGACCUGAUGACCGUUUACUAUGAUGUGGAUUACCUGCGUAACCCAAAGGGCACCAACUACUGGAGGAAUAGGGUGAUGAAGGUGGCAUCCCAGUUCCAUUCACAAGGCCUACAUUUCGCAGUGGCUGACCGGCAGGAGUUCCAGGACCAGCUAGAGGAAGAGUUUGGCGUGGAGCCAUCAGAGCUGGGGGAAAUGCCCCUAGUCACCAUCAAAACACGUGAGGGCAGCAAGUACAUCAUGCAGGAGGAGUUCACAAGAGAUGGUAAAGCCCUGGAGAGGUUCCUGGAGGAUUAUUUUGCUGGGCGUGUGAAACGCUACAUUAAGUCUGAACGCCCCCCCGAAACCAACAGUGGUUCCGUCAAGGUAGUAGUGGCAGAGACAUUUCAGGAGAUAGUGAAUGACCCAGCGAAGGAUGUGUUGAUUGAAUUCUAUGCCCCCUGGUGUGGGCACUGCAAGAACCUGGAGCCCAAAUACGCAGAACUAGGAGAGCAGUUGUCUGGUGACCACAACAUUGUUAUUGCCAAGAUAGAUGCCACUGCCAAUGAUGUGCCACCCAGCUAUGAUGUCCAGGGAUUCCCCACAAUCUACUUGUCACCAGCUGGGAAGAAGGAUUCACCUAUACGAUAUGAGGGUGGUCGGGAUGUCGAAGACUUCCUGAACUUUCUGAAGAAGGAGGCGACACACCCCUUGGUGCUAAGCUCCACCAGGGAGGACUUGUGAGGAGGGGGAGAAAGGAGCGCUGAGGACGGAAAGGAGAGACAGGCGGAUUGGUAAUGAAGAGGUGCAAAUAUCUCUGACAAGGACGUACUGCCCAGGAGUUAGACCCACAAUCGCACAGGUUCCUUCGCAAAAUCUCAAGAAACUGGUCAGAUAUCCAUUGCACCUGAUGUUCUGGAUGAAGUCUGCUUUCCACCAUCGCUAUAGGAAGAAUUGCAGGUUUUCUGAAAGCUGGGAUGUGGUGGUGAUGGCUGUAAAAUAUCACACAAAGAUCCGAGAAGCACAGAGCAGGAAUGCCGCAGGACUUGACAAACUUCAAGGAGGAUUACACAGUUGCUGUCUAGCCCCUCACUUUCUCUCUGUGCCUUUCUGUCUCACAUGCACAGAUAUUCUUCACCUUUUUAUUUUUUUGUUUGUCAUAGGACAGGCAGCUAUUGGUAGUGAAGUUAUAUUUUAUUGAAAUUGCUGUCUGGGAUAGGCUCUGCCCCCAAGAUUGAUGGAUGUUGUCAUGAAUGCUGUUAUUACAGUAAUCCACCAGUUGUUAGAGAAUGUAUAUAACUGUCAAACGCUGCAGAACUGAAGACAUUGUAUGUCACCAUCUACGUUAAUCUAUGAAUAAUGUUUGUAGAACCGUCCAGGGAAAAUAAUCAGCCAAGAUGUGUGGAGUUCUGUGGCAGUUACCCUUCUACUGUCCCAGUAUUCCCAAUUCCCAAGGUAGCAACUAAAUACUGUGUCUUUUGACACUACUAUCUGCAAGUAAAUGGGACAACAGCAGCCUACAGUACUUGUUUAUUCAACUGAACACUUAAAUCAGUCUGCAUUUUAGCUAACGUACGUUAUUAUUCAUGAAGUUCAGUCCUUUACCAAAUCUUGACUGUUACAUAUCUUUUGCUUCUUAGAUCUGAAGGAUUGUACCAAAAUAAGUACUUGAAUUUUUUUAACUCGAGAUGAAAAACGUUUUCAAUAUUAAGGUUAUAGUUUUAUUUUGGGGUGAGAGGCUGUGUCUUUUUCUGUGUAUUCUUGCUUGCAAUUUUCCAUUCGAAAAUAAACCUUUACACAAUAAAAGGAUGGCUUCAGGUUCAGUA